ACUGCGUACUGACCAGGUUUUCAAAAUUUCCUGGAAUAUACGCUAAACGCAAUAAGAUUCCUUAAAAGAAAGCGAAAUCGCAAAAAAAAAACAUUUCAACAUGACUUCAAUGCUAUACGACUGUGUCUCUGCUUCAUCGAAGGCUCUUAUUAAAAAUAUCUGCAGUAAUACUAAAGCAACAGGGCGCUGCUUUUGCAAUAGUAAAGUAUAUUUGGCGGUUAUGAACGAUCCUAUGGAUCAUGCCACUGGUAUCGAGAAACGGGAAUUGGAACAAUUGAAGGCUGGUAAUAAAGAUCCUUGGCUGCUUGAUACGGUCUUAAAACGCGGACCCGGCACCAGGGAGCAACCAAAUAUGAUACCAUCUGCGUUCGACGGACGCAUUGUGGGCUGCUCCUGUAAGGGUAAUCGCUUUGUGAAUUGGAUGUGGUUGGAGAAGGGUGAACCCAAACGAUGCGAAUGUGGAUACUAUUUCCAAUUGAAGGAAAUAAAGCCAAUUUAAGACUUGCGACAGUUAACUUACAUUUAUAUACAUAUGUAUAUAUACACGUCAGAAAUUUAUUAAAUGUGCAUAAAAUAACUACUAAAA